AUGCAUACUUCAAAUAUUGCCUUUGGAAUUUCAUUCCUCUCGACCCUUGUUGCCGCAGCUCCUUUCUCGGUCGAUAAUAGCUUCCUUGAAGCUGUAACAGCAACCAAUACAGGGCCAUUACUAGCAAUUCAAACCGCAGCCAUGGGUUCUCUCUCCAACAUCCCUCCUCCUUCUGCAUUGGUUGGUGGAGACGACAGUCUCACCAAUUUCAAGCUCGUCGCCUUCAACGAGAACAUGGAAGUCGCAUUCUUCGAGGAACUUACCUUUAAUAUCACAAAUAAUGGACACGGUGCUUACGAAACAUCAAACGCAAUCGUUGCGCAAGAAAAACUGCAUUCACUAAAUGCUGAGAAAGACAUCGUUAGUUUCACCAAUGAUACCAAUGCUAUCAUUCAACCGUGUCAAUACAAUUUCGAUGUCACAAACUUUGAGCAAGCCAUAGCUACAGCAUCUCUCUUCACAGAUGUAACCAUGGGUACUUUGGGAGAUAUCCAAACCGUAUUCGGCACAAACGGCGAUUCCAAAUUCAUCCGUGGUGUUGCAGCAUCCCUCGGACAAGAAGGAGAACAAAAUGGAUAUUUCCGACAAAUCCUUCACAAAAUUCCAUCCGCUCUUCCGUUCCUGACAGCUAGCACUAGAGAUUUCGCAUUCAGUGCUUUGAACCAAAAUUUCGUUGUUGAAGGUACCUGUCCAAACAGCGAUACCAUCCCUCUCAAGACCUUCCAGAAACUCACUGCUUUUCAACCCGAUACCAUCGAUUUUGACACCAUCGUCACAUUCUCAUUCCAGCUCACCGCAGAUCAAGACUACAACACCACCUGGGGAGAAAAAUGCAAGGGGCUCUCGCUCGUCUAUAUCAAUCAGCAAAAUAAACCUGUUGUUCAACCAUUCGAAAGUAUCAGUUUACAAGCAGAUGGGAAAACUGUUGUUUUUACUGCUAAAUUUGAAUUCGAUGCCGGUGCUGCUAAUGGUGCUACGGGUAAUGGCUUGACUUUGGCGGUUUUGGCGAAGGGGUCGGAUUUUGCUAAUGCGUUGGAGGUAUCUAAUAAUGCGGUUUAUGGACCGGCACCCAUUGAGGUUAAUUGA